AUGAAUGCGGAGAAUGGCGAGUCCAAACCUUUGGAAGAAGAACAAAUUGAAGAGAAAUCUAAAGGGCAGGUGGAAACACCGAAAAUGCCAGCGCUCCCGGUACCUAGCAUUAAUGGAUUUAAUACCGAAGAGUUUUUGGCUCGUGUUAACAUGAAUGAGAAAAUUAAUAACAUUUUGCGAUCGCCAAGAAAAACCCCUAACGGCGUUCGUCAACGUUCUGUGUUUACAGCAAUAACGCCUUCAUCAUCUCGUUUCAAUGCAAGCGCGACACCAUUUGUUUCGCAACAACGAACGCCCGGAGGUGUCAAUAUGUCUUCUGGAACUGGCGGUAUGACGCCAAAGGAGACUUCUACUCUCUCGGCAGCCAUGCCAACAAGGCAGCUACCUAUGCCGGUACAUAUGAGUGCCGCGUCUCCCCAUCGCUAUAGCGGUUACGAAUCACCUUUAACCGGUCGUAGUGCUGGUAUGACACGCGGCGUCUUCAACGCUCGCUAUCCGGUAGCACCACCGCCAUCUCCAAUAUACAACUUCGAAAAUGAUGUGUGCAGAAUGGUAAGCUUACAGUUUCCGCAACCAAUGCCUCCACCUCCGUACGCGAUGGGACGUUUAAGUGGAAGUCAUCGGGCAGUGGAAUACGAAAAUCCUACGCCGCCUCCAUGCCCUGGAGCUGGACCGAUUGCCAUGACAAACGGCACUAUUCAAUUACGUUUGCGUGACGGAAUACGCAUUGAUAUGACUUUGGACAAAGCGGUACGAGUAUUGAAUCAACGCAGUAUGGUGGCCAUUGCUCUUUCUCGCAAUUGCAGCAACUCUGCUUUAAUUCAUCCCAAUGGGCGUAUAUUGCAGAGCGGCUCGAAAGUAGAAAUCGUUACCUAUGACGGCAUGAAAACUAAUAGUUAUGUACGUUACGCAAAAAUGUGGUAUAAAGGUGUUAGUUUUACCAGUGAAUCUUGUGCCUUAAUUUAUCUUGUGGACACGGCCGGUACUAGGACUACCACAGAUACUUUUACUGAUCUCACCAAGGACUAUACGUUGACUGUGUUUUACGAUGACUCUCGUCAUGGACCCUCUUAUGUACAGGAUGCUAAUGAAGUUGUACAGAAUUCAACUUAUUCCUAUACUGAUGAGGGUACCGAGAUUUAUGAAAUCAACGGUUUCCGUAUUACCCAGGCAGCCGAUGGUCUGGUUAAGUUAACACGCACUCACAACAAGUGCUUAAUACGCACCAGUCCAGGCAACGGUUCAGCUACAUUGACUACUCCAGGAAUACAUUGUACAGCCUCUUUAGGCAAGACGUCUCAUUUGUUUGUUAGGCGUAAUGAGAAGCGCAUGCAUUUUGAUGGAUCCUGUUUCAUUGUAAGGAAUGCGGGCCACUCCGCCGGUUUCAAUGAAAAUAACUUGCUCAUCGUUUAUUAAUAUGAAAGAGAAACCCAAGAACCCGUUGUAAGAUAAAGAAGAUGAAAGAAAGAAAAAUUGCUUAAAGCGCCCAAAAAUUAACAUUGAAAACAGCAAGUGACGUUAACAAAAAUUGAAAAAAAGCAAAAGAAAAACAAUUGAGAUAUACAUAUGUGGCGCUAUUUUAGAGAUCUGUUAAUUGUUAGACAUCUUCCCAAUUUACAAUUUCAUCCACAUUUUUUCAUUAGCAUUUUUGCAAUAUAUUGAAACGAAAUUUUAGUUUUCGAAAGUGUGUGCCCCCGAAAUUUUCAAGUGUUAAAUAAGUGUUCAUUGUUGAGCAUUAAUUUGCCCUCUACUUGUGCGCGCCCCCUUUAAUUUAUUAUUAGAGUUAAAAUAAUACCGCGAGAAUAAUGAAAUAUUGAAUUGAAAAAUGUUCAAAACGCGCCUAUUUAUAUGAGGCCAGCAUCAUCAAACUACUACUAGGGCGAACACGAUGAUUCCGCAGAUACCGCACACGGAACCAAAUAACUAAUAAUGGUAGCUUCAAUUCAAGUAAAAAGCUUAACAAUGAAAAGAAAAAAAAAAACGAAAGAGAAAAAGGAUAACUUGCCGUUUGGUUGUCGUUUGUAAAAAGAG